AGGGGAGGUAAAUUCGUCUGUAAUAAAAAUACAUUGGACAUAAUGCUACCGGUUGAAAGAGACUGUAGAGUUUGAUAAAACAGGCAAUCCUGUGAGAAACCAAAAUAAUCAUGUAUUGAUAUACAAAAUUCAUCAGAAGGAAUGGAAGAAGACGUCCCUGAAGAGGCACCUGUUCACAACACAAGUGAGCAUGAGGAAGCCCCAGCUGCUCCAAGGGAAGACCUAGACACACUUUCGUGUAACAGCAGUAAAGACUCCAAAGAUUUUCUGGUUCCCAAGAUAAAGACUGAGGAUCAAUCUACGAGUGACAACACCAGCUUACCUUUACAGGAAGAGAACCCUCUGUCUACAUCUGAUAACACACAAGAGCCAUUGCCAGCAGCUAAAGUCACUUCUUUACGAGACCAGCUGUCACUGUUACCUGAAAGUCCGAGUCGACGUAAAGAGCCGAUAAAUGUCCAGCUUCGUGAUAUCAAUCCUUACAUAACCUGUGGACUGUGUGGCGGGUACCUGUACGAAGCAUCAACAAUCACAGAAUGCAUGCAUUCAUUUUGUAAGACUUGUAUUGUACGCCAUACAGAGAGACAUUUGAACUGCCCAAGCUGUGAUGCAGCUAUACACCCCACUGAUCCUUUUGUUCAUAUACGAAAUGACAGUACCAUUCAAGAUAUAGUAUACAGAUUAUUGCCACACAUUGCAGAAGAGGAACAACGAAGAGAAAAAUUGUUCUAUGAAGAGCAUGAAAAGGCAACAGGAGAGCAAAUUACGCCCAAGCUGACCCUGCCUCCGCCACCUCCACGAACGCCGCCACCUAACUCCAUCCCCCCGAUGCCCGUGAAACCACUGCCAAGAAAAGCAGAAUCUCACAAACAUCGUAACUUAGGGAACUUCAAGUCACAAUUUGUGUCGCUGUUCCUAGAAUACAUUGGGGACUUAGAUGAGUUUGGUGACCAGCUUACUUUGGCUAAAAACUUUCUGCGAGUGGCGGGUAAAGCAACCAUAGGAAACCUGAUAAGCUUUAUAAGGAAGAAGCUCUACCUGACCACACACUGCAAUGUAGACAUAUUCUUAACCCAUGACUCAGACACAACUUUGAUGACAACAGACAACAAACUUCUAAAUAUAAGGGAGGAAUUUUACCAAGGCCAGGACUGCAUAGUAGAAUUACAGUACAGAGUGAGUACCAACCUGGAUGACUAAAACCCGACAGAAAAAAAACUUUAUUUUUCUAUUGUUUGCAAGAUGAUUUUUUCUUUUACAUUUUUCUUCUAUUUUUUUUAUCUUGUCUUUGCAUAAAAGUAAGCUUUGAUUUCUUCUCAUCUAUUCUUCCUUGUUCGAACUGUACAUGUGACGAUGUAUUUUAUUGCACUAUAUGUGUUGUCUUUACAAUUUCGUUAUAGCUGAUUCCUAGAUACUGUCCUUACUUCAUUGAAAGAGUAUGAUACUUUAUAAGGGCACUUUUUUGAAGUAAGAGCCUUUAACUAGGAAUGUGUUAAGCGUACAUAUCAUUGUUUCACAAUAGUUCACUGCUAUAAAGAAAUUGUGAAUCAUGCAGGCAAACAUUAGAAAAUAUCCCCAAAUUUGAUCAUGUGUUCUAAGAGUCAAGGUUUUUGACAUUAUUUGGAUAACAUGUGCAUCAAUUUGACAAGAACCAUUAUUGCAAGACUGUAAAAAGAUCAUUUUGGAUAAUAAAAGUCCAAAAAACAGUCUAUCUGUACCAUUCAAAUUCCUAUUAAUGGCAUUGAUAAUUGUUGUUUAUACUAUGAGAACCAUCAGUCUGUUGACCUUUAGGACUUUGAUUAUGAGAUACAAGGAUUCUAUUGAAUUGCCAUUCCGACUUCUAUCGUAUUAACCCUUUCACCACUGUAGACCAUAAUGGACUCAUUCAGAUCAAUGUAUGGUAGAGUCUACUAAAGUUACCUAGGGGUGAAAGGGUUAAACCACUUUCAGGGAACCCGGAGGAUUUGUAAAACGUUACAAAGUUAAUGUGUUCAUGAAUUAAUGUUCAAAUGGUGCCAUGAUGUUAAUUCAUAUUACUCAGUCUUGCUAGCUAUUUCUGUUCAAUUCUAGUUUUUGUAAAAGUUAUUAGAUGACUUUAAGAGAAGAAUAUUUUUAGACACGUCCCAAUAUCUAAGAGGCAAUUCGGUGUUGAGGAAAUAAAUUCCUCUUUUUGUAUGUUUUCAGGCAUUUUUUGUUGCAAGUACAUAACCUUUCAUUAUAUGUUACAUUCGUGAUUUGUGUCAUGUUUUCAUCAUUUAUUUUGUUGUAACAUAUUGCUGUAUAUACUACAUAUUACUGUAUGAACACUUAAAUUGUUUUAUAUUGAUGGUUUAUACAGAUGUUGACUUAGUAAAAUAAUU